CCGCCCGCACCUGUCUCGGAGCUCAACCUUCGCUUCUUUCCCUUGCCAUGCUUUCGCCUUCGCUUCCGGGUGCCGUAAAUCAAAAGACCGCUCUCCGUUUGCGACGAUUUUACGACAGCCAAGACUCUGCGCUGCCGGGGGGCUUCUGCUGGUUGCUUUACGGCCCGGAGAGGCGAUGAGGGCAGCGACCGGAUGGUUCCUUUGGUGCUGAGGUGCAGGCAGGUCAGGAUGAGCACCUGGGAGUCCGGCAAAGCAUUGCGGGUGCCCACGGUCCCCCUUUCUAAUGGCUUAAACAUCCCCAUAUUGGGGCUGGG